CGCUAGAUUUCUCUACACAAAUUAAAAUGGCCAACUUUCCCUUUUUCUCGAUCCAUUUCUGUCUCCUGUUAAUCACUCUCUUCUUCCAAGCAUCAAGUGCUGGUAAUUAUAAUGUCAUAAGUUUUGGUGCAAAAGGUGAUGAAAGAACAGAUUCAACUGUUUCUUUUCUCAAGGCCUGGGCUUCUGCUUGUACUUCACCUAAGCCUUCUACGAUUUAUGUUCCUAAAGGAAGGUUCUUAAUUAAAGGCAUUGUUUUCAAAGGCCCUUGUAAGAACCAAAUCACGUUUCAAAUCGAUGGCACGGUUGUCGCACCCUCGGAUUAUCGUGCUCUUGGCAAUUCAGAUUCUUGGAUUUUGUUCUCUAAAGUUAACAAAGUUUCUGUGGUUGGUGGAACUCUUGACGGCAAAGGUGCUAGUUAUUGGGCUUGCAAGACGUCUGGAAAGAAUUGUCCUGUUGGAGUUCCGUCAAUGACAUUCAAUUGGGCAAACAACAUUGUGAUAAGUGGAUUAACAUCGAUUAAUAGCCGACAAACCCACCUUGUAAUCAAUGGUUGCAACAAUGUGGUUGUUCGAAAUGUGAAGGCAAUAGCGCCGGACCAAAGCCCCAACACCGAUGGAAUUCAUGUUCAAACUUCUAAGGGUGUUACAAUUAUUGGAUGUACACUACAAACAGGAGAUGAUUGCGUAUCAAUUGGUCCAGGAACUUAUAAUUUAUUCAUGACUAAUCUCAAAUGUGGACCUGGCCAUGGCGUAAGCAUUGGAAGCUUAGGGAAGGAGUUAAAGGAAGAUGGAGUACAAAACAUAAGCUUAAAGAAUUCAGUAUUUAGCGGAUCAGACAAUGGGAUAAGAAUAAAAUCAUGGGCAAGACCAAGCAAAGGCUUCGUUAGGAACAUUGUAUUUGACAACAUUGUUAUGGACAACGUUGAAAAUCCAAUUGUAAUAGAUCAAAAUUAUUGCCCUGAUAACAAAGGCUGUCCCCGGCAGAAUUCAGGCAUACGGAUCAGCAAGGUCACGUAUAGAAAUAUCAGAGGAACAUCUGCCACUCCAGAAGCUGUUAGUUUUGAUUGUAGCAUUACUAAUCCAUGCACAGACAUUAAAUUACAAGACAUCAAGCUUCUUUAUAAGAACAAAGCAGCCUCCUCAUCCUGCAGGAAUGUUCGUGGAUCCAGUACUGGAAUAUUGAUGCCUCGUAGCUGCAUGCUAUAGCAAAGUUGGAAUAUUGUUGUUGCAUGUUUUAUUUUCUUCUCUUAAUUUAUAGAGCUUUCUGUGGUGGCUAAAAUGAUUGUUGAUUAUUUAGGCAAUCAUAAUUGUGAAAGUCAUUACAAGCUGAGAGAAGAUUGUAUAGUUUGGAUUUGCUUCUGUAGUUUACUUGGUUUAGAGGAAAAAUGGGUAAUUAAUGUAGCUGAUAUUGUGAUAUAUUUUUUAAUAAAUGACAGAUCAUUGUACCCAUUAAUUUUACCUGUUA